AUGAGACUUCCGAAGAAGCUUACGCGUAAGGGUCCGAGGACCUCUUCGUCGACUGAUCCACCUUCGCGGAUGGAUCAUCCAGAUGCUACGCCAUCUACACCACCUGAGGACGCGGAUAUGCCUGUUGGUACUGAGGUGGCUCUGACUCCUGAGGAUGCUGCGGAUCCGGAGGUUGAAGAAAUUGUUGUUGAGGACCUUCCGCCUCCUCCUCCUCAUUAUGAGCUUCAUAGGCUUCAAUUGUGUGAUAAGGAUAGCUUUGUGAUGAGUGCCAAAUAUUCUCCUACUUCUGCUGCAACCACUGUUUGCCACCCCUGUGCUGCUGUAGCUGCUGUUGCUUCUGCCCCUACUGCCCCUGCUUCGUCUGCUGGAACUGGUCCGGGCUAUACUGGUAACUUUGUGGCUACCAGGACUAGGAAGAGGAAGGCUUCGGUUGACGCAGCUACACCAACACCUACGGAGUCUUCCAAGAGGAAGGGAAAGUUGAAGGGUGUAAUUGAUCUUGAAGCUUUGGAUGAGGAUCCCAAGGCUGUCGAGGAGGUGCUGGAGGAUGAAUCCAUGGAGGAUAUUAAGGAUACCGGCCUCAACCCUCGUUUGGAUGAUAUUGAGGAAGAUUUUUCCAAGGAUAUCCUCAGUCCUGUUCGUGCUGGUUCGGUGGAGGGUAAGAAUCUUCUUGCUGGUAGUGGUGCUCAGUUGAUCAACCCUGUUAGCGUUCAAGCUCCUGUUCCUACUUCCUCUUUGAAGAUUCCUUCGUUUUCUGCCCCUACCAGAGCAUUGCAUGUUGUCUCGGCUACUGCUGAAGCUGUUGUCGUAUCUUCCAAGAGUCUUCCUUCAUCUCCUGCUACUUCGCUUCAAUCUAGUAGUUCGUUUGCAAAGUUUGUUACCCCCGUGAUGAGAGUAAGUAUUUCAGGCUCUCAACCGAAGAAGAAGGUUGUGAUUUCACUUGGUAGCUUCUCCUUCAAUGUUACGCCAACUUCAUUUGGGAGCGCUCAAUCUGUUUCUACUGCCCCUGUUAGUAAAGUCGUAGGGCCUCCUCCUUCGUCACCAGAUUGGACUAGACUGGGUAAUCUUCUUUCUGCUGGUGACAUGGACUUAGGAGGAGCUCAAGUUUUUCCUUCGGUUCCUAGCUCAUCCACCAUGCCGUGUCUUCGUCGUGGUGAGGGUUCUACAGUCGUGUCCCUUGUUCAUUCUCAAGCGGUUGAGGGAGUUGUUGCUGAGCCUAGACAGGGUAAGCUGUCCGAGAACUUGAGCCUUGGUAGCUCUGAUGAUGUUAUCCUCGAAGCCAUCUUGCGGGACUCUAAAGGUCCUUUUUCUGUUGGAGUUGAUCAUCAUCGUCUUAGUAGUUCUUUUGAGGUGGCUUCUCAGCUGGAUGUGCUAUCUGCCCAGUAUCGUGCGACUAAAAAGUUGUUCUUUUACCCGGACUGCCUUCGCUCUAGUCAGAGCUUUGGUGAGAUCCGUAGGGGUAGCAUCCAAUAGAUAGAGGCCUCCAUGGACACCUACGCCGAUUUCCUCCCUCGCCUCUCAGCAUUCUCAUUGGUGGUGCAACCAAGUUCUCAACCAGAACCAGUCUCUACGAUGGGUCCGGAUACCUCCCAACACUAUAUUACUGAUUUGAUAUGGAAAGACAAGGCUGAGGCCAAGGAAUGACUUAUCUCAAAGGCAAAAGAGAAGAUGUAUGUGGUUGUUCAAAGCAGACACGUCAAUUGUAAGAAGAUGGAGAUGGUAUGCGAGAGAUCGGGGAAAAAAAGGAGAAAAUCACAAAUAUAAGAAUUACAAAUAUGAGAAGAAGACGACUAGGGUCUAAACAUGUAACGUACGAGAAAAUUUUCCCUCCAAACGGGUUGAGUUUAGACCCGUCCAGCAAGGUUAUCCUCCCGUUCCACCACUCGAACUCGAAGUAUA